GUCUUCUUCAAACACACACAUAUAUAUCCUAUUCAAGUUCAGUAUUAUCGUUUUAGAAUCGGUGUUAGGACUUGGGAAGGUAGGUUAGCAUGAUGAAUAAUGAAAUGGCGUUGAAAGUGGAAGUCUAUGAGAAGGAGAACGUGAAGCCUCUCUAUCCAACCCCGGAAUCCUUAAGCACCUAUAAGCUCUCCCUUCUCGAUCAAUUUGCCGGCGUUUUCUACAUUCCCAUUGUUUUCUUCUAUGCCCACUCCGCCGCCUCUCCUCCCCAUGAUUACGACCGCCUCAAACUCUCCCUCUCCAAGGCGCUGUCUCUCUGCUACCCACUCGCCGGCAGGCAGAAGGACGACCUCACAGUCGUGUGCAACGACGCCGGCGCCGAUUUUUUCCGGGCAAACGUCACCAACUGUGACUUACCCGAGCUCCUCCGGCAUCCGAGGCUCGACCUUCUCCGGCAGCUUCUCCCCUGUAAUCCGUACCCGUCAGAAUUCGACUCCUCCCAGCCCUUGCUUUCCGUUCAGGUCAACAGCUUCCGGCGCGGCGGAACGGCAGUGGCGAUAUGCCUCUGGCACGGUCUUGCCGAUGCGGCUGGGCUUGUAGGGUUCCUAAAGACCUGGUCGCGGUUCAACCUUGGAGAAGUCCGCCUCGACGAUGACGCCAACCACGACGACGGUAGUUUCGUCGUCGACGCCACUCCGAUUUAUUCUCCGGAAAACUUGGCCUUCCCGGGACAGCCGGCACUGUUAUCCUCUGAAGUAGCUCAGAGGAGACGGGUCCAUAAAACACACAUCGGAAAAAGGUUUGUUUUCUCCAAGAAAGAGAUCGAACACAUAAAAGACGAGAUGCAGAUGAUCAAUAUGCCUUCCUUCCAAAGUCGCCGCCCGACUCGGGUGGAGGCGUUGUCCGCUUUCAUAUGGGCCGCAGUGAUCAGGGCGACUCUUCGAGUCACCCCGAACCUGAAGACGCACGUUCUAGUGAACGCGGUGGACGUGCGAAGGAGGAUUGACCCACCAUUCCCUCCCAACUGCCUGGGAAAUAUCAAUCAAAUGGCCAUCGCCAAAUGGGCGACGGAUGCUGGGCGGGGAGCCAUUACCGCCCAGGCCGUAAUCGGAAGCGUUCGAGAAGCCAUAAUGAAGGUGAAUGACGGGUACGUGAGGAAAAAGGGUGGCAGAUAUUUGACAGAAAUAAUGAGGGCCACGAGAGUGAAUAAUCCUACUGAGAGUAAUAAGAUAGAAGAAGAAGAAAUGAGAAUACUUUCCAUAAGCACUUGGUUCAAGUUUGAGUGUCUAAAGAUUGACUUUGGAUGGGGGAAACCUAGGUGGAUGGGUCUGGGUAUGAGUUUGGCUGAUUUGGCUCUCUUUUGGGACGGGGAAGAUGAGGGCAUUGAAGUUUGGGUUGGGUUGCCCAGACCAAUUAUGAACCAUCUUGACCAAGAUCCUGACUUUACUUCACAUGUGGCUUUUAGUCAAAUUAUUUGGGAUCCCCAGCUAUAAACUUCCCCACAUUUAAGUUUUAGGGAGUAUCACUAUUGGAAUUUGUACUGUCUACUUACCUUAAUAAAUUUUAAUGCCCGGCCGUUUGAAAGUAUGGUAACCCGUCCUAUUGGAGUAGAAAAAAGAUUGGGGUACAGACAACUCAUCUCGCGACAGACAAUUUGUCUGUGGGAGACAGACGAGUGUACACUUUUUGUGUACAAAAAGUGUGUACCCGUAGCAGGCCUCAUUGGAGUAUCACUAUCGGAUCUUGUACUGCAUGUCUACUUUUUUUUAUUAAGUUUUUUCUGAAUUAAAAUAUCUAUCUAUAAUAAUAUGUUUGUGUGAACUAAAUGUUACUCCAAAAUUUUAUUUCAUAGUGGUCUAUAAUAAGAUUCCAUGUUUGUUGUUCCAUAGACAUCUUAGCUUAUUGGGAAGGGC